AUGUCACUCUACUCGGCGCCCACAGCCUCCGUCGCCACCGCUAUCACCCUCCGGAGGUUCAUAGCACCAGCUGCACCACCGAUUGAUAUAAGGCGGCUAGAGCGCGACAUGGCGUUUCCUGCACCGCCGCCGCCGCUUGUCAGUGCCAAUAGGUACGUGGGAGCGAAGCAUAAGGCCGUGGUGGUGAUGGGCGCGACGGGGACAGGCAAGUCGCGCCUCGCCGUGGAUCUCGCUCUCAGGUUCGGCGGCGAGGUGAUCAACUCGGACAAGAUUCAGGUGUACGCGGGCCUGGACGUGGCCACCAACAAGGUCACGGCGGAGGAGUGCGCUGGCGUGCCUCACCACCUGCUCGGGGUGGCGCACCCCAACGACGACUUCACGGCCGCGGACUUCCGGCGCGAGGCGUUCCGCGCCGCGGGCGCGAUCACCGCGCGCGGCCGCCUCCCGAUCAUCGCGGGCGGAUCGAACUCAUACAUCGAGGAGCUCGUCGACGGCGACCGCCGCUCAUUCCGCGAGCGUUACGACUGCUGCUUCCUGUGGGUGGACGUGCAGCUCCCCGUGCUGCACGGUUACGUCUCCCGCCGCGUCGACGAGAUGUACACCCGCGGGCUCGUGGACGAGGUCGUGGCCGCCGUCGACCCGCACCGCACCGACUACUCCCGCGGCAUCUGGCGUGCCAUCGGCGUGCCAGAGCUCGACGCGUACCUGCGGUGGUUGCGCAGCUCCGGCGACGACGAGGACGAGCGCGCCCGGCUGCAGGCCGUCGCCAUCGAGGACAUCAAGUCGAACACCAGCCGGCUCUCGUGCCGGCAGCGCGCCAAGAUCCAGCGGCUGGCGAAGCUGUGGCAAGUCCGGCGCGUGGACGCCACGGAAGCAUUCCGGAGGCGCGGUGACGCCGCCGACGAGGCAUGGCAGCGGCUCGUCGCAGCGCCGUGCAUCGACGCCGUGCGCUCCUUCCUUCACAACGACGCUGUCCCGGCUGAUGAUCUGCCCCCUGACGUGCCCGUGUUCACUCCUGCGGCGGCAGCCGCCGUCGCAGUAUAACCCUGCUUCUCGACAUUGACAGCUGCAUUCACGAGAACGCGUGGACGUAAGUGCGGAGUAGACAUUAGCCACCAUUGCUUGGUGCGAUGGCAUUGGACAAGGCCGUCAAGAAAGAGGAAGGAGCGACAGCUGGGGAGGUUAAUUACUUUGUUUUACAGUAAAUCUAUCUAUAGAGGAGUAUUUGUUUUAUUUUAUUAUUUUGAAAAAUAGCUUUUAGAUAGUAGAUUUUAAAAGGUUGUAUUGUGGAA